AUGUUGACAAGGCGGAAGCUUUUGCGCAACACUAAUCAUCUGUCGACGCCACCGACACAUCACCGACUGUCCUGCUCUGCGCCUCUGCUGUCUUGGCAAGCCAUCUCGGUAGACGAGGUGUGUGAUGCACUUUUGGCUCUGGAACCGUACCAGUCACCGGGUCCGGACGGACUGCAUCCCAUCGUAGUGAAGGAGAUGACGCCGGUCAUUGCACCUACCUUGGCCGUCUUGUUCGAACAAUCAUUGACCGAGAGGAGGUUGCCCACCGAGUGGAAAACCGCGAUUGUACGCCCUCUCUUCGAAGGAGGAGCCCUUGAGGACCCCGUCAACUACCGCCCGGUCAGUCUCACCUGUGUGACCGUCCAGGUGAUGGAACGUGUACUCGCCAAGCGACUCCGGGCACACCUCAUACCGAAUGAUCUCCUGUGUUCAGCGCAGCAUGGGUUCCGUCCGCAGCGAUUUCGAGUCUCGGAUCCGCUACUUAUUCGAGAGCAAUUGGCGUCUGCCAAAGCCACCAGCCACUAA